AUGCAGUUCAAUCUCGUAUCUCUUUGUAUUUUUGCAUCUGCGCUGCCUGCAACCAUUGCGCAGCGCACAGAGGAGAACGCUGUUACAAUCAAAACCUUUCCAAACAUGAUCGGAUGUGGAUGGGGAGUCAGUGGGCACACAGAUUCCUUUCCAGAUGGAGAAUGUUUCCAUCUGCCGCGAGACUAUAUGGACGUCAAGCACAUCACAGAGACCUGCCGCGUCUUCCUUUACAUGAAGAACGACUGCACGAAACAUGAGAAGCAAGUCCACCAAGGCCAAGACUGUAUCGAUAUUCGCGACUAUCAAUCUUUCAAGGCAUUCUGCCACUGA